AACGCUGUCUCAUUUGAACGCUAUCUAGUUUGAAAGUGCAUAUGGUUUCCAAUACCUCCUUAAAUCUAUGGAUUUUCUACCUAACCUUGGUUGACACAAUCAUCGAUUUAGCUUCUGAUGUUGUUUUCUUAUCAAUAUCGCUAAAAUCAUCUUCAUCCCCUGACCACCACUAUGUAACUCCUAAGAUCACAAGAAACUGGUACCAUCUUAAUAUGUAGUUACUGCUGAGCCUGGGUGUGUAUGAGAAAGCAGGAGAGUAACAUACAUCAAGAAUGACUGUCCGAGGUGUACUGACGCUGCUGCUGCUGCUUGCUACUGGAGGCGGCGUAGUGUGGGCCGGAGUCUCUGUGGAGGAAGGCAGAGGCCCAGUCUUCCUGCAUGAGCCUCCCUCCAGACUCCACUUCUCAAACACCACUGGGGCCCUCCUUCCCUGCUCCGCCCACGGCAACCCACCUCCGCGUGUUGAGUGGUUGAGUGGAGGAGAGGUGGUGGUUGACGUGCCGGACGUGAGGGUCGUCCACGCUAAUGGAUCGUUGCAGUUCCUGCCCUUCCCACCUUACGCUUAUACUGCCACCGUCCACGCCGCCACCUACUCCUGCCGCGCCGCCUCUGCCGCCGGCACUAUCCUCUCCAUCCCCGUCCACGUCAGGGCCGUGGUGCGGCAGUACUACGAGGUGCAAGUGUAUGAUGAGUUUGUCAUCAGCGGCAACACAGCAGUCAUCAAGUGCCAUGUCCCUUCCUUCGUCAGGGACUACGUCAGUGUCACCUCCUGGGUCAGGGGCAACGGUGAACGCAUCGUCUCUGACGUUCUCACAGGUGGGAGAUACUCUGUUUUCGGGACUGGAGAGCUACACAUCCGUCACGUGACCAAGGCUGACGAGUUCCAGUCAUACCACUGUGAGACCCAACACGUCCUCACUGACGAGACUACUAUCUCGGCCGUGGCUGGCAGGUUGAUGGUGAACGAGCCAAGAUCAUCCGUUCCUCCCAGGAUCAAAUGGGCUCACGUUCCUCCGUUUCGGCCACUUAGUAAUAUCGAUAUUAUCACUAUGAAAAUAUAUAUUACUACCAGAAAUUUUGAUAUUACUACAAGGUGGCACCGGGUGACCGGGAAGGUGGAGGUGGCGGUGGUGCAAGAUGGUCGCAUCCAGCAGGUGGGCGGGUCAUUGCUCAUACGACAGGUCACAGCAGCAGACGCUGGCAGGUACGUGUGUGUUGUGUCUAGCAGCGUGGGUUCCGAGAGGACCCACACUACCCUGGAGGUGUGGGCGCCACUUACCGCCCACAUCAGCCCACAGGUUCAGACGGUGGACGUGGGUGGUGAGGCUACCUUCAACUGCUCCCCAGAGGGCUUUCCCCAGGACACCAUCACCUGGAUCAAGGACGGAGAGCCACUGCAGGUCGGUGGACGGGUUCGUCUGGUGGGACAGAGGACAGUGGUGGUGGACGACGUAAGACGGGAGGACCGAGGAAUGUAUCAGUGUCUCGUUUCGAACCUCGAGGGCUCAGCGCAAGGCUCAGCGCAGCUCAAACUCGGUGGUCAGUGUCAAGAUGGGGUGGUUGUUGGGUCACGAAAGGAUAGGUUUAAGAGCCGCAGUGAUAUGGGUUAUGGGUUUGUCUGUUCGUGA